AUGAAACAAUACGAUCCAUAAUUAUAAUCAGCUUUUGAUCUUCACACCUAUAAAGGUCGCUUACAGCAUUUUAAUAUGAUGCUGUUUCCCUCAAAUUUUUUUCAUUACAAUUAGACAAUAAAAGAUUAUUAAAAUACUUUAAAAAAAAUCGAAACAGAUCCUUCUUUAUAAAAACAAUAUUCAAACUAAAAACUAUGGGAAAUGAAAUAUGUUAUACUAUCAAAUACUCAUCCAUAAACAAAAGAAUGUAUUUCUAUUCCUUUCCGAACAAGUGGGUUUAUUAUUACUAAUACUCCUAUAAGUUUUUUAUUGGCAGUAUUACCUCCUACACCAAUAAAUUAAAUAAUGAGCCAAACAAUAAAUUAAACAUUUAAUUUUUGUUUUAAUUACAGUAAUAGAAAUUUGUCAAAUAUUUAUAAUUAUAAAGAAAUGACAUUUUCAUAUUUAUGCGCUAUCACAGUUGCUAUUUCAAGCAGUUUAGGUACUGCUGCUAUUUCUCGAAGAAUAACCUUUAAUAAAUUCGCUUAAAAAAUUGUUUUAAGUAUUUCUCCUUAUAUUGGAGUUGCUCUUGCAAGUUCAUUUAAUUUAUUUUUUUCGAGAUAUUAAGACUUUAUUAAAGGAAUAUAAGUUUGUGAUAUUGAAACUGAAAUGCCUAUACGAGAUUCGUGUUCUUUAUAAGCAGCGAAAAUUGCUUUUUUUUAAGCUUUGGCAAGUAGAGUAAUUAUACCAAUUCCAGUGUUUAUGAUUCCUAUUGGGGGAAUGAAUUUACUUAAAUAUUAUAAUAAAUAUCCAAAAGGAAAAUUGUCAUAAAAUAUCUUUGGAUCAACACUUGCAGCCUUAGGUUUAUGGAUUGGAAGUACAGUUGGAUUUGCUUUAUUUGAAUAACAAUCAAAAAUACAUGUCAGUUUAUUAGAGGAACAAUUUCAUAAUCUAAAAGAUAAAAAGGAAAUAAAAUUGAAUAU